AUGAAUGAAACCAUUUACAAUGACACAAUACAGGGUGACUUCUAUCUGCUGGCAUUUUCCAGGUAUCCACAAUUUAAAUUCACAAUUUUUUCUUGCAUCCUAUUGAUGUAUUUGCUCUGUAUACUUGGGAACAUGCUUGUUACUAUAAUUGUGUUUAUGACACCCCAGCUGCACACACCUAUGUAUUUUUUUCUCUGCAAUCUUACAGUCCUGGACAUUAUAUAUGUCACAGCCAUCUUGCCAAAGCUACUGAUAAUCACUAUCACUGAUGACAUCAGUAUAUCUUACUCAGGAUGUUUUAUACAAGUAUUUUUGUAUGUUUUUUGUAUUGGAACAGAAUUUUUCUUACUGACCUCUAUGGCUUAUGACCGGUAUGUGGCCAUUUGUAUUCCUUUGCACUAUAUUCUUAUCAUGAACAAAAAGACAUGCUUAACAUUGUCUAUAGCCUGCUGUCAGCUUGGCAUAUUUAAUGCAUUAAUGUAUCCAUUGUUACUUUCCAAGCAAUUAUUCACCAAGUCUCAUGAAAUCAACCAUUUCUUUUGUCAUAUGAAAUCAAUACUUAACCUUUCUGUCAGUGACAGCUCAUAUAUCGGCAUUCUAAUAACCGUGGAUGGUAUUGUUUUGGGAUUCCUGCCCUUUGUAUUAAUUCUUACAUCUUAUAUGUACAUCAUAAGUAAGAUUGUGAAGAUCCAUACAACAUCUGGGAGAUGGAAGGCCUUCUCCAGCUGCUCCUCUCAUCUAAUCAUUGUUUUAUUAUUUUGUUUGACAUCUCUAAGUCUUAAUAUGAAACCAGAAUCUGAACUCUCCCAGGAACAGGAUAAACUGUUGUCUAUGUUGUACAUUGCCAUCACCCCAAUGUUAAACCCACUUGUGUACAGUUUAAGGAAUAAAGAAGUUUUAAAAGCCAUAAAUAGACGUAUUUACAAAAAACUCAUAGUGGAAACAUAA